GCGUUUGCUUCCUAUUUCCAUUAGCGAACGCUUCACCUUGCUACAUUCUGUGAAGGUAUUGUGCGAGUAGGUGAUAAUUGAAAAUAAGUCCAGAAUGCUUACAGUGCCACAAAAUCGCGAAAAAGAGUUUGAUGGUUUAGAAAACAUCAAUAAAUGGUCGAAAAAUAUCGAAGGCGUUUUUAUGCCAAAGAAAUUUAUGGAAAUACAUAAGAAAGUUGAUGAGUGGAAGGUUAACGAAAACGAUGUUUGGAUUGUUAGUUUUCCAAAAACUGGUACAACAUGGACACAAGAGAUGGUUUGGCUUCUCCUAAAUGACCUAAAUUAUAAAGCAGCAGAGAAAAAUUUAAUCAAAAGAUCGCCACAAUUAGAAGCGACUGCUAUGGUAAGAACACCAUACCUGAAUGUAUUUUCCCCGGUAAUACCACAUGCCAUAAGAAACUCUCUGAAAUAUGUUAAAAAUAAAAAAAGUCCAGCUUGCAUAAAAACCCAUCUGCCAUUGAAUCUGCUGCCUAAAGAACUGAAAAUGGGAAUUAAAAAACCAAAGAUAAUUUAUAUUUCUAGAAAUCCUAAAGAUACCUGCAUUUCUUAUUACUACUUUUCAAAAUUAAUCAAGGAAUUUGAUGGAAGCUUGAAUGAAUUUUGCAAUUUAUUUCUUGCUGGAAAUGUUAACUUCGCUCCUUUCUGGAAUCACGUUCUACCAUUCUGGGAGAAACGCAACGAACCCAACAUCCUUUUUCUAAAAUACGAAGACCUUAAGUCGGACUUACCAGCAGCUAUAAGUAAAACAGCAAAAUUCCUCAACAAAGAUCUCACACAGGAACAAUUGGGUGAACUUACAAAUCAUUUGAGUUUCGAAAGUAUGGAACAAAAUCCAUCAGUAAACUACGAAUGGUUAGUGAAAAUGUCGCAAAUGUUCAAGCCUGAUAGAAAAGAUAAGGAUAAUAAGUUUAUGAGACAAGGUAAAGUUGGCGGAUAUAAGGAAGCUAUGGCACCAACUAUGAUUGAAAGAUUUGAUAAUUGGACAGAAAAAAAUACCACAGGUACUGGUCUAACAUAUUUAUAAAACAAAAUGUACUAUCUAUUUUCGAAUGAAACUCUGUAGAAAUGUUAUGAAAUAUUAUAAAUUGCAAAUAAAUAUAGUAUAUAAGAUAAUGUGAGUGUUCGCGUGAAACAAAAUAAAUAAAAGUUAAUCAAAUUUCCUAGAAUAAGUCAAUAAACUUGUGAAAAUGCAAAUGAAAAUCGUCACAUCCUAAUAAAAAUAUCUCCG